UGGCGACGCAAUAUAGGAAGUAAGUUCCACAGCUUACCUUUCUUGUUUUGACAGCUCGAACUGAACAGAAAAAACUCCUGUCUCCAUACAUAUAUCUGCCCUUGCUCUUUUAGCUUCUGGGCAGUAUUCGACUGGAAUCACCGACUCGACAAGCUGUAACACCGACGGCACGCUGGGUGAAGCUGACGAGGUGGUAAGAGUCCAUGAGUCGCAGUCGGAACCCCCCUCCCCGGGGUCAGGGUGCAGCGCGAGCCAAACAGAUGGGGCUGCUCCUUGACCUGUCCCCAGAUGGAGGGAUGGAUGAUGAGGGGAAUGAUGAAGAGCUGGAGGCAGAGCUGAUGAAUCUAAUGGGAGGAGGGGGAGGAGGGAGAUCACAAGGGAAGAGAGGUGAAGGGAAAGCCCCUGUUCACAUGGCUGAAAUAGAGCGAAUGGCAGCUCUUUGUAUGAAAGACCUGGAUGAUGAAGAAAUAGGGGAUGAAGAUUUGGAUGAUGAAGAUUUGCUGGCAGAACUAAAUGAAGUUUUGGAGGAUGAGGAGGACAACACUCCUGCUUCCACCCCUCCUGCUGUCACACCGACUGCUCCUAAAGUGAGCAUCACAUCCCAGUCCCACUGUGUUCCUGCUGCUGCCCCCAGUGGGGAAACUGGGCUGGAGUCCUGCCUAUUGGAGCGUAUUGAAAUGUAUAAGACUGCCAUUUCUAAUGCCAAAGCUGCAGGAGAGACCAGUAAAGUUCGACGAUAUGACCGAGGGUUAAAGACAUUACAGUCCAUGUUAACAUCUGUCAAGAAAGGAAAACCAAUCAAUGACGAGGAGAUCCCGCCUCCCGUCGCUCUCGGUGGAAAUCCCAACGUCACCGCAGGGUCUGAACCGGUCAAAGAGCGACACCUGCCAGAGCCAGUGCUGAUGCCCUCUCCUCCCACCAAUCAGAAACCUCUUAGGGAGGCUCCACCACCAGCUCCUAAUAUGAAACCACUCCAUCUGACCCCACCCCAAAAGCCUGCUGCUGCCAUCACCCCAGAAACACCUGUGAUAUCUCCACUCACACCCAGCCAGCCUGAUGCACAGCACUCAGAGCUGAAACAGGCAGUGUUGUCCAGACAGAGGGAGUAUAAGCUCGCCGCCAUCAACGCCAAACAGAGCGGGGACAUUGACCAGGCCAAACAACACUACCUCACUGCCAAGAAGAUGGACUCGCUUGUGGAGGCACUGGACAGAGGCAAACCAGUCGACCUGACCUCACUCCCUCCCCCUCCUGGAGACGUAGUAGCAGAACGCUCUGCACCUCCUCCUCCUCAGUCUUCCUCCAAGCCUGCUGCCCCCGCUGCUCCUGCACCCAAGCAGGUGGCCACUGCAGCCCUGCCUGCUCCCAGCAGUCUGGCAGAAGCCCUGCAGCAGAGGAUGGACAUUUAUAAGUCGGCAGCAGAGGGAGCCAAGAGCAAAGGAGAUGAUCGUAAGGCUCGCAUGCAUCAGCGCAUCGUCAAGCAAUACCAGGAUUCCAUCAGAGCUCAUAAAGCUGGACGACCUGUCAACUUAUCUGAUCUACCUGUGCCACCAGGCUGUCCGCCACUUCAGGGCUCAGAGGGGGCUCAGCAGAACUUCAUGGGUGUCCUGGAAACAGCUAUGAAAAUAGCUAAUCAGGAUGCAGACGCAGAAGAUGAGGAAGAGGAUGGUCCAACAGAGGCUGCCAAGCCCACAGUGCGCCCACCUGCCCAGAAAGCUAAGUCUCCAGCUCCACAGGCCCCUGGCGGCUCCUCAGCUCUGAAACUGGGACCUAAAGCCCAGCAGCAAGUGGAUUUCCUGUUGCUAAGGCGACAGGCUUUUUUGCGUUCAGCACUGCGCUCCAAACAGAUGAAGGACAUGACAGGUGCAGCGCAGCACCUCAGACAUGCCAAGGGACUGGACCCCAUGAUCACCGCCGCCAAGUCUGGCCUGCCUGUUGAUAUCACCAAGAUUCCCAGCGCCCCAGUGGGUGAAGAGGAGUAUUCGCUGUCUCGUUCCCGUACCUCUCCUCUCUCCCCUCGCUCCAGUGAACAGUACCGUGGUCUCAUGGAUCUUUUACGAAAGCAGCACGAGAAAUGUCUGGACUACUCCCAGAAGUUCACACAACUGGGCAAUGUGGCUGAGGCUCUGAAGUUUGAGAAGCUGGUUGAGGAAUGUAUGAAGAACAUAGAGAUACUAAAGAACGCCCACGCCAAAGGCCACCCAGUCCCCAAGUGCCACACGGAGGAGAGGACCCUCAACACUAUCAAAAUGUAUUCCAGCCUGGCACCUAAUGACCUGAUGCUGUACGUAAUCAAAGGCAUCAACUUACCAGCUCCCUCAGGUGUCUCACCUAACGACCUGGAUGCAAGUGUGAAAUUUGAGUUUCCUUUUCCCAGUGCGGAGGAGGCUCAGAGGGACAAAACCAGCACAGUAAAGAACACCAACAGUCCAGAGUUUAAAGAGCAAUUUAAACUCAACAUCAACCGUAGCCAUCGAGGCUUUAAACGAGUCGUCCAGUCCAAAGGCAUCAAGUUUGAAAUCAUCCACAAAGGCGGCUUGUUCAAGACAGACAAAGUAGUGGGCACAGCUCAGCUGAAGCUUGAGGCUCUGGAAAACCAUUGUGACCUUAGAGAGAUCAUAGAGGUGAUGGAUGGACGUAAGGCCACAGGUGGCAAGUUGGAGGUGAGGGUGAAGAUCAAAGAGCCUCUAUCAGGAGUUGAUCUCCAGCCAGUGACAGAGAAGUGGUUGGUGCUCGAACCUGUCUCCUCCCUUUCUCCUCCGGAGAAACAGAAGGAACGCGCUCCAUCCCCUCGGUCUAAACCCAGACAUGAAGCGAGCAGCAGGAGCAGUAACCCCAGCAACUCUCCUCCACAGUACAAACUCCACAGUUUCAGUCUCCUCAACUAUGACAAGGAGCGGCUGGAGAGAAAGAUUGCAGAGUACCGAAAGAAUCGGCGGGAUCCCCCAUCUGACCUCAUCCAUCAGCACAAAGAGGUCACACACAGACUGCAGUGGCAGAAAGCACAGCUGGAGCGAGCCUCUCCUGCUCUGCUGACAGAAUAUGAAAAUGUGCUGCGGCGCUUCAGCCAAGGACUUGCUGAGUCGGUGAAGAAAUACUCCACCCAAGGCAACAGAGACGCUGCCAAGGAUGCACUGGGCAGGUUGAAGAUGGUAGACAGUGAGCUGGAAUCGCUGAAAAGGAAACGGACUGGAUAAGAGGAGAAAAAAGGAGCAGAGACUUGGCUGGAGUACUGUUAUAUCGUCUCUCUCUGUCUCAUACAUACUCAUAAAACAGACACUACAGUUGAUACUUUAAGCAUGUUUAGCAUGGUGCUGUGCUGCUCAUGCCCAUGACAACUGCAUGAACCAACCUGCUAAUUCUGUCAAUUGAUCAUAUAACUUGUGUCACUUGUGGUUUCCUUCCACAAUAGCUGAGAGUAAAUCUGUAACUACAAAGAGACACAAAUUAAAGCAAACAUUGAAAUGCGUUCAAGAGCUAAGGGAGAGGUAGCCUUAUUUGCACUUAAUUAGAAAGACACUACAGAAAACGGCUUCUGAAGUACGGCUUUACAGACCUUACCUGUACUCUGUUAAUUGUUUUUUUAUACUCCCAUCUUUCCUUUGAGAGAUGUUAAUGAAGAGAUCUGUUAGAAGACUCAUCGUUUUACAUUGGACACCAGCUCAGAGAGUCUUUCGGUGUCCAUUGAUGACCAAAAAAAUGUGUAUGUGUGCGUGUGUGCUUGCCCUGAAGUGUGUUUAACCAAUGGACUGAGGUGUUUUUAACCCCUUUUCCCAUAUUUUAUGUGUGUAAUGAGCUUAAUCUAAUCUGUCUGCUCCAGUGUUCCCAGAUUACAGUAAUCUGCUCCAUUUGGAGUGGUGUGAUAUGGGAAUAAAAAAAAACCAGGGCUACAGCCUACAUCCCAUAAUGAGGGAUUAGUGUUUGUGUCACCAAGGAGACGACUAGAUCAGACGUAGAGUCGCCUUUGGGGCUAGGGAGAGGGGGUGUUAACAGCGUGCCAUGAAUGUGGGAGAAGCUUAGCCCUGCUAAAGGAUUGCUGCUGCUUCUUCAUCAGCUGUUUCCUCUUCAUCUUCACUUUCUUCACACUAAUUCCAUUGCAUAUGUUCAGAGAUUAUUCAGUCUUGAGUAAUAUGUUGCUCCUCUUGGAUUUUCUUUAAACUCUCAUACAAUAUUAACUUCAAUGAGCUGUCGAUUAGAAAACAAUUAGCAGCUGCUGCGUCGGUGUUGUGCUAUUUUCUACUGAUUUUGGUGUAUGCAGUUUACAAAAACAGACUCUGUCCCACUCCAGUGGCAGCACAGCAGAUGCUGAGUAGUCUGCCCACAGGUAGACAACCCAAUAUCUGUCAGGAAGGCUGGGUAAUUGCUCAUUUCUAUUUCUGCUCCCCCAUAGACAUCCCUGUCACUCCCCUCCACAUUAAACCUUUAUUUUCUCUGUUUAGUGCUCAGAUGUUUCUUCUCCAACCUGCUCACCAGCAGACUACUUUCAAUGAGCCUUACUGUAUGUUUAUGUUUGACUCUUCUAUGUGGAUGAUGAUGUCUGUAAACUCCACUAAUAGUUUUUUGGUCACGUGACAAAGCAUAGAAUCAUGUGUUUGCCCUAAUCCGCCCACCAUCUCACUCCAUUAGCAAAUAAUCCUGGUUAAAGUUGACCUGAUAUGGCUCUCCAUAGACAGUGAUUUUUAUGUCAGGAGAGGAUAUCUUCUGACUGUGUAAAUGGUGUAUUAUGGUGCUUUUGAUCAGCUGAUAUUUUUUUUUAGAUGAAUAGGACUGAUGAAACUCUGAUUGUAGUGACAUUAUAACCUUUAGCUUAAUACCGGUGUGUUUGCCAUUUUUAGCAUCUUCACGUCAUGUACACAUAACAGUUUCGCUGAAAUUUUCAAAGCAUGCAACACAGUUUCAGAUUUUUGGGUGAAGUUUCCCUACUCUUCAUGGCAGCCAUUGGUUUCCACUCAUUUCUGUGCGUUACGAAAAUUAUUUAGCAGACUCUUGAAACUAAGCCAAACACUGAGUUGUGUGGACACAAUGGAUUACACAAUUUAAGCAAAUUUCUGUGGUCUGCUAAUUGCUUUUCAUUUUGUAUAGAAAUGAAUAGGAACCAAAGAACAAAAGAUUUUGGCUGCAAAUAAUGAUUAUUUUCAGUACUGAUUAAUCUUCCUGUUAUUUCCUGGUUGAUUAGAAAGCCAGAAAACAGGGAAAAAUGUCAGUUACAAUGACAAUUUCCAAAAACCCAAAGCAACAACUUCAAAUUGCUUGUCUUGUGCGAACACCAGUCCAAAACCCAGAAAUAUAGUGAAUAUAAUUCACUAUCACAUAAAGCAAUAUAUACUAACGAUUUAGAAGCUGGAACUUGGGUAUUUUUCUCCAAAAAAUAUUAAAACAACAAAACAAAUGAUUUCAGAUGUUCAAAAACGACCUUAAAUUUCUAAAACAGCAGCAUGGUUUGGAAAUAGACGAGCUGUGACGUGAAGUAUGUGAUUUGGGCUUAAAGCACUGGCAUGGUACUUUAAACAAAAAAUGUGGUUGUGAUUUACAAAGUCAAGUGAAGAAUGAAUGCAACCACACAGCUCUGGUAUAACUUGGAGUUGCAGUAUUAAAAAAAAGCAAACACAAUCUGCAACUAAAAGCCAUUUCUUUCAAUCCAACAGCUUUAACAGUUUAAUGUCCAAAAAAAGUUCACACCAAACACACACACACACACACACACACACUCCUGCCACAUCACCCCACCCCUCAAGUAACCUCAUGGCCUCUGAGGCUGUCGUGUUGUCAUGGCAAUGAGCUCAUCAGCAUGCAAUGUGGUAGUUUGAUGGUCAGGGCAGAGGGACGUAUUGUUAAAGUUUGUCCUGCCGGUGACUCACAAUCUUUUCACCACACACUCCUCAUUCUCUUUCUUUUUUGUUUUUGUGUUUUACUUUGUUUGGCUUCUGUUUUUUCACCCUACUCUGUAAUCUGACUACACUCCAUUUAAAAAAAAAAAAAAGAAAAAGUUUAGUGGAUUGUUUAUCAUUACUGUCAGUAUUUCUGUGUCUUGAUCAACUGCAGUAAAUGUGUUCAUCUGUGCUUGGGUGGAUGCUGUUGUCAAACCUAUGACGCCUAUUUUUUUUAAAACUGUUAAGUCAUGUAAGGGCAAUCAGUAUAAAUAUAAUGUAUAUACAGUAAAUAUACAGCAUAUAUACUGUCUCUAUUUUCAGGUGUAAGUCAUGAUGAUUUGUGUAGCUCAAAAAGGGAAUGUAUCAAGGCCUGAUUGUUUAGGCUUUAGUAUCUUAUGUAUGAGGUUGGUGUUAAUAUGAAUAAAAUGGUAACAGCUCU